GAGGGGUUGUGGGAUGGGGGGAUAUGGGGCAACAGCCACCCUGGGGGGGGCUGGGGGAGCUCAGCCAAAUGCCCCUCACUUUCCUCUUUGACUCUGCAACUCCGUGAGCCCAUUGCCUUGGGCUGAUGUGUCAUUUGUUCCUGCCAGGGGAGAGGGGACCCCCCCUUUAAAUUCCUGCUAUUGUGCAGUGGGAGGCCGGGCUGGACCUGGUUGUUUAGAUGACAUCACCGAGCAGGUUGGGUUAUAAAAUGAAUGAAGCAGAAAGCCCAAGUUCAGUGGCUCGGCACUGCGCGGGCGGCAGGAGGGACCUCGCGGCUCCGCGCUGAACUUUGACUCCCUCCGUCCCGGCCUCUUCCCGGGGCUCCCCGCUGCCCCCCGGCCCCAUUCCGGCUGCACCGCAGGAUGCAGAUCUCACCCGUGCUGGCCGGAGGACUGCUGCUCGCUCUGCUCUCCGUCGGGCUGGAGGCGAAGCCGGCAUCCCAGCUCCCGCAGAAGGCGUCCCGCGGAGCAGCGGCAGCGGCAGCGGCAGCGGCGGCGGCGGCGGCGGGUCCGCCCGAGGCGGCGGGCGCGGAGCGGGACAAGGAGAAGGAGAAGGAGCGGAACCGCGGAGGAGGCGGCGGAGGCGGCGGCACGGGGCCGCGGGAGGCGCGGGAGGCACGGGCAGAAACGCGGCCCCGGGCGGGUUGGGCGCGGCUGCUGCAGGAACCGUCGGGCCGCCGCCAUAAGGGGCUGCACAAGAAGGGGCUCGGGAAGGGCUGCUUCGGCCUCAAGCUGGACCGCAUCGGCGCCAUGAGCGGCCUCGGCUGCUGAGGGACCUCUGGCGAGCGCCGGAGCGGCUCCGUUGUUCCCCCCAGGGCCGGGCAUGGCCGCCCCCCAAGCACCGCCCGGAAGAGCAGAGACCUCCCCGGAUCGGACAAAAGAUGUGGCUGUGUUUUUCUUUUCGGUACGAGGAGUCAUGGCACCAGCUGUUUGGGUUCUGUUAUUUUUUUAAAAAGCGCUCUCUAUCUUAUAUAUAUUAUAUAUACAAACACUCACCGAGACAAGGGACAGUGCUUUUCUGAGAGACUGAUGAAGCCGGCUGUAUAACGUUGCUGUUUGUAAAUUCAUGUCAUGCAUAAAUGUAUUUAUGUUGUAAAGCUAUUUAUAUAUUGUUUAUAAAGAGAUAUUUAUAAAAAAAAUUAUUUAUGUAACUAAAUGAGAAGUCAAGCAUUGUAACAUUUUUUGUCCUAAGUAGUUCACAAAAAGGUUAAAAGAAAGAAAAAAAAAUCAUUUGGUGCAGCAUUUGGUAACAUGUCUUUAUUUAUCAAACCCACGUACAAUUGAAACGUCAGAUUGAUUGAUUUUAACGGAGCGGAGAGAAGAAAUGGUUUGGAUGCUUUAGAAAAGGCAGGAGCCAGAGAAAGGCCGUGAUGGGGGAAGCUUUGAUCCUGCCUGCACGGUGAACCCAUGCCAUGCGCUGCCACGCUCAGACGGAGCAGAUUCUGCAUGGUGGAACCACCUGAGCUCACUGCCAAAGCCCAUGGCAGCAGUGCCCAGACGGAUGGGAGAGCAGCAGUGUGACAGCACAGCUCUGGGCUGCGGGCUGCAGUCCCUGUUUGAUGCUGUGCAGCUCUGGGUGCUGUACGGAGCUGCCGUCCCAGUGCUGGAUGUGCUGUGCUGUGCAGCAGGAGCAGAGCCGCGUGCUGGAGCUGCUCGCACUGCAGGACCCGGCAGUUUGCUCAGCUGCUGAGAUUCCCUCUUGCUGCUAAGAUGUAGAGUCCUCUCGUGCAGCAGCGAUGUAUUUAACCAUACACCAAAAUACAGUGAAACUGCCUGGUAAGGAUUCAGCUUCUUGCUAUGUAAAGUGCAUGAAACAAAUCAUUAAAACAUCUCUGUGCUCUGAAGGGCACAGCCAGCAAGGGGGUGGGCAGCACAUCAAGGUGGCAAACUCCUGCAUGAAGGCUUUUUGGUCUCAUUCUUCAGAGGCCCAAGGAAAGAGCAGCAGGUGCCCAGCCCAGCUGUGAUGGGAGGCACCCACUGUGCCCUCCCCACUGCAGUGGGUGCUGCGUGCCAUUGUGCUCUGGCACAUAGGGCAGGGCAAAGAGUCACAGAGACCUAAAGGCAAAGAGAUCCUUCCCCUUAGCAACCAUCAGGAAAUCAUAGAAACAUCCAGUCAUGCUCUCCCCAGCUAUUAGGUAACGUGAGUUUGCAGAGCAGGAUUCAUCCUGACCCCCCCGACAGCUCAACCAUCACAUUAGAAGUGCACAUGCAGCAUUUCCAGCCUCAUACAAAGCUCCCCACUCAGAGGCUGGUAUCCAGCUCACAGUGCCCACAGCCCUGCAGCAGCAGCAGAUCAUGGACCACAUAAGACAUUGCCUACAGGGAACAAAACACGCAUCCUGGGAGGGAGGGAGGCAGCUCCAUGCCCACCCUCAGCUCAGCCUGCCAGAGAUGUCCUCAUGUGAUGACAACCGGCCCUCAGGGCCCUGUAAAGCAAACAAUGUGCCCAUGAAGCACAUUCUACCAGCUCUUCACGGGACAGAAGGGGCUGUGCCAGGCGCUCCUGAAGUGAUGACCAUCAGAAGGGACUGCCUGUCACCCAGCAAGUCUAAGGGAUAGAGAGCAAGGAGUCAUCUGUAAGUCAGAUCACACGCACCAGGUCUAGCAGCAGUGUAAGGAGACAGUCCUGCUGGCUGCCUGCUGGCUCCUGGUCCUUCAGCACAAUGCUAAGAGCACCAGGCUGAGAUGAAGAGGCCCAGAGCUAGGAUGGAACCAUCUGCCAGAGGUCUGAGAGCCUCUGUCCAACAGAGUGAACUGGCUCACCUCUCUCUGCAAACCUUGAUGACCUGAGCAGAGCACAUUGUUUGAGCUCAGGCUGGGGGCAACCCCAGAUAUCACAGCCCAGGGCUGCCCACGCUCUGGAUUCACGUUUCUCCUCUGCAGAGUGCAGUCCAAGGGGAAACACACAGCCUCAGAGCACUGGUCCUUUCUGUCCCCGGGGCUCCCUGGGAAAGAACAAGCCCAAGGAGGAGGACAGAAGGAUACCAGUUUGUCAGGAGCACAGCCAACAGUGAGAGCUCCCCAUGCCAAGGGAGGGGAUAACAACUUGGCUCCCUGCUUUGCUGCUUCCUUUCUGACCAAAGAGGAGUUGCCCUGUCCCUCAGCACAAUGUCUUCCAACCUGCAGGACAGAACACCGUGCCCACGUGGAGAUGCCAGCUGAUGCAGAAGGAAGACAGCACUCGGGGCUGAAAGAGCACUUGGGAAAACCUUCAGGUCAACUCAGCACCACGGUGCACAGCCAGGAAGGAGGAUCAGCAGGGCAGAGCAGCAUGGUGAGCCAAGGUCAGCAUUCAGAGCACCUCCCUGGUUUGGCAGACCGGCCAGAAUGGGAAACGGCUCCUUAGAGCAUAGUGAGCAUCUGAUAAGGCCACAAUUAGGUCCUCCUGACAGGGGCUCGGUAGGAAAUGAGGCCAGGAGGAAAGAGCAGAUGCAGGAAUCCAAUUAAGAGGGAAAAAGGUAUCAUGUGCAGCAGAAACAAAUGGAUCUGACUUUGUUGCCCCUCGUGCGGUCCAACCAGGUCAAAUCCUCAUGACAUCCAUCAAAAGGAUCCACAGCCAGCACUGAAAAAUUUCCUCACCACAUCUCAGCACACACACAGCAUGACUGAACACCAAGAGCUGCUCUGGAUGCAAGCUGCAGCCUCAGGGGGGUGGCAGCCACUUCUGAAAAGUGAGCUCAGAGAGUGGCAUUUAGCAGAGGUGGACACGUGUCUGCAUGCCUGGAAAUGAGGGAGGCUGGAGUCCCAGGCUCCUGUCCACACUGAGGGCACACUGGACCAGCACACCUCCAGCUCCAGCAGCAGAAUGAGUAGCAGCCCUGUCUGGCUUUCAGGUGGGAGCACUGUGAAACAAAACAGAGGAACAGCCUUGAUUUCUCCUUUUCAGGAGCUACUCCUAGCAUGACAGGAGCCACAGACCCACAGCAUGGAAAAGCACAUGGCUGGCUGGUAGAUCAGGACAGCAGUUCUUUCUAGAGUUGUACUACAGAUGCCCUGCAUAGGCCUAAGAGCUCAGGGCAGACCUUAGAGAAGGACCUCCCAGAAAUAAGGGCACAGUUGCCCUCCCACAUGGCAAAUCUGUUCUAUUCUCCUAGGUCACAAUGCACGUUUCUUCCCUUAACACAGCUUUUCCAAGGUAUUUAUUGCUGAAGGGUCACAAAGCCCAGCUCAGGUGACAGCAAGUCCCAAACCAAUGAUGAGAAAGAAAAGCCCAGAGCCACAGAGCAGGGGAGCGGUGGAAUUUUCCACCUGACAUGGGACUUGAAGCAUUGAGUAGGGACUGCUGAGGGCAGACGCACCCCCCAGCCCCCAUUUGCUCAAGGGCUUCUCUGAGUAUGGGCUGCUUCCUUCAGAAUGCAGAAAAACGAAGGAAAAGGAUCACAGGGCAGCUUCCAGAGGGAGCCUGCACUUGACACAAGCAUGAGUUGAAAACAAAAAGGGAAUUGAAUCCAGGCCCCUUCCUGUCAGUCAGCAACUAACCUUGUCAGAAAGGAUGGCAGUGCUAACUGAAUCAGGCAAUUCAUUAGGUUGGGGCACACAGCAAAAGCCCACGCUCUCUGGAGCAGAACUACAGUGAAAAUCCAGGGUAAUGAGUUGCAAACUGCCUUUGUAAAUGACAUUUCUGCAGUGACUCUGGCAGGCUGGGAAAAGAGCUAAUAGGAAAAUCAUUAGGUAGCAUCCCUUUGAUAUUGUUGAAAACGGCACAGGCUAUUUUUCCUGCCCCCUUCAUAAUUAACCUGGCAUACUACCCAUAAUACUCCAGGCCAAUAUUCCCACAGUGGAGCACCUUAUUUGCAUCAGGGAAAAGAAAGUACAAUACACAAGUGGAAGACGACUUCUAGAAAAGCUUAAGAAGCUCUGAGGUCCCCUCCUUCCAUACGCACGCAUUGUAUCUUCUUCAAUUAAAUCAGCAAUUAAGCUGUGCCCAGCCAGGAGACCAAAACACUUCACAAACUUCUGUCUCAAAGCCAGCACACACGAGAGAAGCUGUCCAGGGAAACUCAGCUGCUGAGGGGCUGAUUUGCCCAGGGUUGCUUUCUGCUGUAGCAGAGUUGGAAUGGGGCACAGCUUCAUGCUUUGCCCUUUCUUCAUAAAUCUGUCCUAUGUCCUUGAUUUUCACUGUACUAAAUCAGGCAACAGACUUCCCUUUCUUAAAUGCAAAACAGCUCAGAGGAGCAAUGCCUACCCACCUGGCUCGUCUGCCAGCAAGGAGGUGUCAUCUCAUGACGGUGAUGUAAAAUGAACAGCAUCACAGGCUGGCAGGUGGUCCUGUAGGAACCAGUGCUCUCUAACAGCUGCGAAGGUGACAAUGAAACACCAAGACGUCACUGCAUCAGCACAAGGCAGCAUUAGGAUUAUGCAGCAUAUGAGACACCAGGGCUGGUGAGAUAAACAGCAUCUUCAGGAAGAGUCUGGAGAGUCAAACAGCACUACUUCCAAACUUCAUACCCAUGAAGAUACGGACCUACGGUCAGAGUAGCACAAAAAGACCAAUCUCUGACAGAGCAAGGCUUCACUUACCCAGUCAGCAACUCUUCUGAGUUGCUCUUCUGAAUGAGCUCUUCUGAAAAUACAGAGGUGCCAUGGGUACAUUUGAAAAAUGCCUGCAUGAUACUGAGAUUUACAAGCUUCCAUAGGAGAGCUGGAGCCGCGGAGAGGUGCCUCACCUUUCACUAAAACCACAUCAAAUGAGGACUACAGGCACAAAUUGACAAGAAAAAGCCACGGUCCCAGCUAUCACACUCUCACAGUCUGCAACCUGUAGCAAAUACAUCAGGGCACCUUGUGAGGUCUACAGAAAAAAGAAGCCUGUGUAUUCGGAGACAGGGAGCACAGCACUGCUCUGCCAAGUCCUCUGCCUGGUCCACUAUCUGGGAACAGGGGUGCCCCCAAAGUGCCACUAAGAAGCAGGCUGCAGGCAAUCAGCUAAGGGGGGUCAAUAGGCACUCUCCUUAUAGCACACCUCUCGCUGGCUUCAAUCACUUACCUCUGUGGUAGGGCCAAACUUGAAGAAAUAUCAGCAAAAUGUCAACAGUCCCUGAGAGACAUUGGCCAUUGCCACAGAGCAGAGCGAAACAAUGACAUAUUUCUAAAAUCUCUGCUGAGAAAUUCAAUCAGACUGACAGGUUUUAAUUCCAUAACAAACACACAAGGUUGAGGUUACAAGUAGGAACUGAGAUCACUCUCAACUUUAAUUUACCUUUCACGAUGCCCCUGGGUUACUCUCCUUCAGAUAACACAAAAAUAAACUUGACAAUUUCACUUUUUGGCUCCUAUGCAUUAGAUCAGAUGCUACCAAGGACUUUGUGAAGGAAAAAAACAACAGAAAAUUCAGUGCAGGAGUAGACGAAGGCCUGACUGGCUGGGUCCAUUUCCUCACCUUGAUAAUAAUAAAAAUAAAUGUUUCCCUCCAUGGCAAAUCUUUUAACAGGCUUAGCACCAACAAACCUACAAGUGCACAAACUCUGCCUGUUUUAUCCCAGCAGGAGGUGGGCUUUAUUAUUUAUUUUUAAAUCAGAGGUCUCUCUAAACAGCUUAGACAGCGCUCUAAGACUGAGUGCAGGAUGUGUCUCAAAUCAGAACAUACGAAGGUCUGACAGCAUUACCAAUUUAACCUCCUCUUCUCAACAGAAGACUUAAACUAGCAUCCAACUCAUCUAAUGAGGUGGGAGGAAGGCAAAAGAACAGUAGAUGCUCAACCCAAACUUUGUUUUAAGGGAAAAGAAGGAAGAAAAAAAAAAAGACUGCUAUCAGCAUUGCUUUAUCAUGUUCCAGAAUUGCCUGAUGUUAGCUGCUAUCAACUGAGCCACAGCAGGAACAGCAGGGACAUUUGUUAGCACGAGGCACAGCUUUAGGGCUAGGGCAGUCUACCAGCACUGCAAUCAGCUGAGAUCCUCUCUUCCAUUUUCCAGCUCAGUGCUCAGUUCCAUAUUAAACAAGCACUAGUACAAGCAGAGCUGCAGAACAUGAAGCUAGACAAUAAAGCCUUUAAGAGCAGCUCUGUCUACUUGUCUCUCUCCGGGUGGAGGAGGCAAACAGAAGUUCAAUAGCUCAAACUCUGUCCUGCUGCAAUCUUGAAGCAAGCUGCAGCUGGAGGAGCCCAUGGCUGCCAUAAAACAAAGUAGGUCAGGAUGCUCUCCCCACAUCAGGGAGUAAUGUCCAGCAGCGCCCACACUAGCUGUGUUAGCUGCCUCCAACAGGCACACACAGUGCACCAGGAACUGCAUCAAAACCACCUCUACUUCCAUCUGCCUCCUGUCCUCAGAGCACAGUUAUUCUCUCCACACAUUCCCAACUCCAAACUGUCCACAGUUCAGUCCCUGUGUAAUUCAGACCAAUCUGCUCCAAGUUGCUGCCCUCCCUGCAGUCACCAUCUUUGUGUUGCCCUUCUCAAAAAGCCCAGCACCUCCUGCAUCCUUCCCUGUUAACAACUAUGCCUUCUGCUUCAUUCCUGGAAUAGUUUCUAACUCUUUCAUUUGAGCCAGACUCAUUAACCAGCUGCUGCAGAGCUGUCUGCCUCCCCCAGGUACUCUGUGCAUGUCAUUUGUUAAUGACUCAUCUCAGGCUGGGCUCACUGCAAAGACACCCCUCUCUUUUUGCUGCACCAAGUGCAUCACUGGCACACCAGGACGAGCCAAACACGCAAACAGCUCAAUUCUUCCCAAUGUCCCUCCCCCCUCCAUCCUCUCACCAUCAAACACAGGACUGCUCUAUUCAAAGUGCUAUUUCCUCCCUUCUUUGCUGAUCAAAGGCAACACGUACUGAAGCACAGAUAGGACCCUUAGUCCAAGUAAUCUUUGAGAACAGCAAAAAUGUAAGAAUGGACUCAAGAGCUUCCACCACACUAAAGAAUUUUCAGCAAACUAAUGUGGUUCCAGUAACUGGCAGGGAACAAACAUCAGGGAUGUCAAAUUCACAUCUAUUUCCCCUGCACUAAGGCUUGCUGAGGAGCUAAACUGAUUUCCAAAGACAUUUGAAUUCCCCUUGCAUCUUUGCAGGACUGCUAUUAGAAAUGGGAGGGAAAGAAAACAGCUUACUGAGGACCACACAACCUCUCACCAGCCAAACCUUGCAAGGAGCUGGAUGACCAGUACACUGCAGCCACCCACACGGGAAGCCAGAAGCAGACUCAGCCCCUCUUCAUCACACACAUCGAAAAGACUUGGGUACACAAAGUCCACCUACACCUCCCGAAGCUGUCAGCUAAACACCAGGAGAUGCUAGUACAGAAACCAGAACAGCCACUGCAAGGGUUCCCUUGAGAUAUAAGCGAAGGCUUCAUGCUUUGGGCUUACUCACUUAACAUUUAACAUCUUUCAAUGGGAAUUUUUUUGGCUAGAAUUUUCAAGGGAGAGAGCUGACAAUGAAUCAGAAACCAAGGGACUCAACCCAGAGGCAGCUGGGUGGGAAGCAUUUAGAUCCACCUCUUAGACUGAAAGCUGGUGUGCCUGCACUGCAGGAGAAAAGAAAAGGAGAGAAUUUCCUUUUGCAAACACACAGCAGGUCCUGAAAUGAAGGACUGAGGAUGUGAAGAUGGCAAAGAACUCUACAGCAUUUAGUUGAAGGCAAGUGCACUGCACAAAGUAAAUGCAGGAGUAGAGUACUGUGACUGUCCUCUGCUAGAGCAGCCCCCCUUCCUGCUCCUGGAAACCCCCUUUUUUUUUUUUUUUAACAACACUGACAGAAGUAAAACACUUCAGUUUGUGAGACCAAGAGAAAGGCAUCCAACUGCCAAAAAUGGAGCAAAACUUCAAACCUCCCAUUAUCAGGCAGCAACGGUGUUUAGGCUCAGGACUGUGGGUUCAGUUACUGUCUUUGCCACAGAUCCUUCCAUGCAAACUUGGAUAAAGAUGAAGUACUGACAAAAAAGGAACAGUAAUUCUCUGUUUCCCAGAUGCGUCAGGGAGGUUAGUCAGACCUUCUGAUAACGUAACAUCAGGAAUCAAGUAAAUGCUCAUGUGAACAAGUGCUAAAGCAGUCUCAAAGCCAAGACUCUGAACUCUGACAUUAAAUCAGCAUUUUUAAUUUUUUUUCUAAAAUGUGCUUUUUUUUUUUUUGUGAAUUGCUGUUUCACUGCCAACCCCAUCCUCCCCCUUAAAAAAAAACCCAUUCCUCACCAAAUCAGGCGCAAACCACCUGAAGUUAGUCUGUAACAAAUUAAAAAAAACACAAAUCAAAGGCUGAAAUGCUUCAGAAUCACAACAAUGUACAAAAAAAAAAAAAAAAAAAAGGAAAAAA